CGCCCCAGCCGCUUUGGCGCGCUUUAGAAACAGCUUGGUUCCGUGUAAAUUUCCGAGUCGCGGCAGCUCGGGAGAUUUAGUUCUAGUAUCUAAGCCUGCGGCCCCCCAACCCCGCGCAGCCAUGAGGAGGACCCGCGACGAGGUGGACGCUACGCUGCAGAUCGCCAAGCUGAACCCCGCGGAGCUGCUGCCCGCCGUGCAGUGCCUGGGCUUCGGCCCGGGGGCCAGCGCGGCCGCCGCCGGCGACUUCUGCCUCUUGGAGCUGGAGCCCGCGCUGUGCCAGCAGCUGGAGGCGGGGGCCAGUAUGGUGAUUCGUGGUGAUAAAGAUGAACAGGCUGUGCUGUGCAGUAAAGACAAAACCUAUGACUUGAAGAUAGCAGAUACUUCCAAUAUGUUGCUUUUAAUUCCUGGUUGUAAAACUCCAGACCAGCUGAAGAUGGAAGAAACCCACUGUAACAUUAUUCACACCGAGAUCUUUGGUUUUUCUAAUAAUUAUUGGGAACUAAGAAGAUGUAGACCUAAAUUAAAGAAGCUAAAGAGACUUUUAAUGGCAAAUACCUAUGAAGGACCUGACAGUCAAAAAGAAAAGGAUUCCAAUUGCUCAAAAUAUACAACUGAAGAUUUGCUUGAUCAAAUUCAGGCAAGUGAGGAAGAAAUAAUGGCCCAAUUACAAGUUCUAAAUGCCUGUGAGAUUGGAGGUUAUUGGAGGAUUCUUGAAUUUGAUUAUGAGAUGAAACUUCUGAAUCAUGUAACUCAGCUUGUGGAUUCUGAAUCAUGGUCUUUUACUAAAGUUCCUUUGAAUAUAUGCCUUCAGGAACUUGGACCAUUAGAACCAGAAGAAAUGAUUGAACACUGUCUUAAGUGUUAUGGAAGAAGAUAUACAGAGGAAGGUGAAAUUUAUUUUGACUUGAGCGCUGAUAAAAUCUGUAGAGCAACAGCACAAAUGCUACUUCAGAAUGCAGUGAAGUUCAACCUCGCCGAGUUUCAGGAAGUGUGGCAGCAGAGUGUCCCUGAAGGAAUGAUAACCAGGCUUGAGCAGCUUAAGGGUUUGGCCUUGGUGGAUAGACAGUCAAGACCAGAAAUCAUAUUUUUGCUAAAAGUAGAUGAUUUACCUGAAGAUAAUCAGGAGCGUUUUAAUAGUCUGUUCUCUCUAAGGGAGAAAUGGACAGAAGAAGAUAUUGCUCCAUAUAUUCAAGAUUUGUGUGGAGAGAAGCAAACUAUAGGUGCAUUACUCACUAAAUAUUCUCGAUCUUCGAUGCAAAAUGGUGUUAAAGUUUAUAACUCAAGAAGACCCAUUUCUUAAAAGAACAACUGUCUUUUCUUUGCAACUAAAGUUCCUUUAUAAAGUUGCUGGUUAUUAUAAGAAAAAUAUGCUUUUAUGCAUUUGUAUUUCAGACUUUUAAAAACCUUGUACUACGAGGCAUUUUUCUUUUCAUCUUAAGCAUUUUGAAACUACUGCUCUUCUUUUUUCUUAAAUGUAAUAGGAUAUUCCUGUCUUUCAAGUUAUGUUUGUAUUAGGUACACAGUAUAAACAAGGACAGAAGAAAGUGUUAUUUCUUAUGUUUAGUAUAUCUCUAUAGUUCAUUUGGUUUUAUUUAUUGAAAAUAUUUGCUUUUUAAAUAUUUAAUAUUGUAUUUCUUUCAUUAGGAUUUGACAUUGUAAUCAUUAAUAAAUUUAAAUUUUUUUAGAGAACUAAAUAGCCAAGAGAAUUAUUUAUGUACUUAAAUGCCACUUCUCAAGCAAGUUGGUUCCCAUCUAGUUUCAACCUCCCACCAAAAUAGGAAGUCACUACAUGCUAUCAGUUAUCUACAUUACUCAUUUUCAUUGAUGAAAUUGACUUGAUAAUUGCUCCUCCAUUUGUCUGGCUGAAAUGGGAUGAAAUGGAUUUGAUCCUCAAUUUGAUGUGAAGGAUAAUAAUACAGCAGUUUAUAAUCCUGUGGUAGGCAGGUAGACAGAUAUGAGCAGAGCAAAGAUGAUAGGCCAAGGACAGAAGAUCACCCAGAUUCCUAGCAAUGGACAGUUGUAGGGUAGGAACUUGUCUCCAAGGUGAUUUUUCCUCCCCUAGCAUAUCACUGGUCAUGUAGUUUAGACCCCCUGACCUUUCCUCCCUAGAGAUAAC